GAAAUCGAUGUACUUCUACAGAUUCUUUAGAAACAACGUGUUUAAUCCGUUCAAAGUAUGCGUGACCCAUAAUUGGAUUGAGAGUGGGGAAUGUCUCAUAAAAUCCUCCACUGAAGCUACUGUUUACAGUACCAGUUCAGAACUUGACAACGUCACCUAACAAUGAAGACCCUAUUCUUUUUAACAUUCCUACUGGGGUGCUUUAUCCUGGCUAGGCCACACACAUAUCACAUGGGGGCUUGCCCCAUCGUGCCACCCAUGCCGGGAUUUCAAAUGAACAAAUUUUUAGGUGUGUGGUACGUAAUCCAGAAAACAUCGACUGCUAGCAAUUGCAUCACUUACAACUAUACUCGUGGAGAAGAACCGGGCGAAUACGUCAUAACGCAGGAUUCCAAUCACCCAAUAUUAGGUCUUACGCCAUUGAAGCACGAGUAUCAUUACACCGGUGAAUUGAGCGUUCCGGAGCCGAGUACGCCGGCACGAAUGCUAGUUCGUUUUCCUCUUAGUAAGUAUCAUGAUCAUGUUCCACGAAAUAUAUAUAUCUUUGUCGUUCCAAAAGGAUUUAAGGAGAAUCUGAGUCAUGGUGUAGCCGGAAGUGCGUCUCACGUAGUAUUCGCUACAGAUUACGUGAACUACGCUGGUAUCUUUACAUGCCAGAAGCUGACUUUCGCUCAUCGUCAAAGUGCGACGAUCCUCUCCAGGCACCGAGAAUUAGACAAGAGUUAUGUGGACGAGAUACGCCAAUUUUUGGCCCAGUCCGGUGUGGAUCCUUUUGAUUUGAGCAUCAUCUCUCAAUCUGGAUGUCCUCACGGCAACAAUAGUCUGGACAUCAACGUGGAUCCGAAUACUUUUACAGCUGAGAACCUUGGAAACGUGGUUCGUAAAGCUGGAGAAAAAAUCGGCGAUGGUGUCCAAUGGGUGGCCAGUGCAGGAAGCAAAGUAUACCAUAAAUUGUCCGGAAGUGAAGAGAAAAGUACUAGCAAACCUGAGGCGAACACCAGAGCAGCCAUUACGAGGAAUUACGAAACGAACGAAGUCGAAUGGAUUCCUUAGAUUCUAGAUUUAAGUUCAUUCUAAAUGUAUAAAUCUCGAUGAGGAUCAAUGUUUUUCCUCCUUCUUUCUAUACUCGACCUUUUAUCGUAGGGAUAUUUCUAUUUUUUGCUUUAACUUUUUCUGCUGAAAUUUUAUGAGAGAAUAAUUGAUCACAACAGCGUACGCUAUAAUUAGAAAUAGACGCGAGUCGAGAACGAAAGACUAUGUAACGAACAAAACGAUAUUUUUAUUUUUUUAACGUGAUUGAAAUAAAAUGAAGUCCUAAUGCGAAUAAAUAAA